UUCCGGGUUGGCGGCGGCGGCGCAGGGACAGAAGCCCGGACGACGCAGGUACCCCGGCGGCGGAUUCUGCAGAGUAGGGGGCCUGGGUGGCCUUGGCACGGGUGCGCCAUCCAGGCCGCCAGGUGGGACGGCCGCGAUCCGGACCCCGCCGGGCGCCCCGACGGACGCAGUGUUUAAUAAUGCGUGAAAUCGAGACGCUGUGGUUCCCAUUCUGAUUGUGUGCGCAGCUAUGGAAAGUUGGUGCUGGGGAAGGACUUUAGAGAUGGUUGAUUCCCGUUCCUUCAUUUUACAGAGGAGAAAACAGACCCUGAGAGGCAACAGGGAUCUUGGAGACUCACCCAACUAGGCUUUAUGCUUCUUGGCUUCUAAAGAAAAUGGCAGAAACAUCAUCAGAGCCUUCUGGGCAGCUUGUUGUACACUCAGACACUCACAGUGACACUGUUCUGGCCAGUUUUGAGGAUCAGCGGAAGAAAGGCUUUCUCUGUGACAUCACUUUAAUCGUGGAGAAUGUGCAUUUCCGGGCUCACAAAGCCUUACUUGCUGCCAGUAGUGAAUACUUCUCCAUGAUGUUUGCUGAAGAGGGGGAGAUUGGUCAGUCCAUUUAUAUGCUGGAAGGCAUGGUUGCUGACACGUUUGGUAUGCUGCUGGAAUUUAUCUACACGGGUUGUCUCCAGGCCAGUGAGAAGAGUACGGAACAGGUCCUGGCUACCGCUCAGUUCUUAAAAGUCUAUGACCUGGUAAAGGCUUACACGGAUUUCCAAAAUAAUCAUAGCUCCCCAAAGCCAACGACUUUGAGCACUGCUGGUGCCCCAGUGGUUGUUAUUUCUAAUAAGAAAAAUGAUCCUCCAAAGCGGAAACGGGGAAGGCCAAGAAAAGUCAACAGUUUGCAGGAGGGGAAAUCACAGCUGCCUGCAGAGGAAGAAAUACAGCUGAGAGUAAACAAUUCGGUUCAAAAUAGACAUAACUUUGUGGUAAAAGAGGGAGACAGCGGUAUACUGAAUGAACAGAUUCCAGCAAAAGACACAGAAGAUUGUGAGCCAGGGAGAGGGGAGGAAGUGCCUGCUGAAAAAGAUGAGAAUUGUGAUCCCAAGACCCAGGACGGGCAGGACAGCCAGAGUCGGUACAGCAAGCGGAGGAUUCGGAGGUCCGUCAAACUUAAAGAUUACAAACUUGUUGGGGACGAAGAUGACCAGAGUUCAGCCAGAAGGGUCUGUGGAAGGAGAAAGCGCCCUGGUGGCCCUGAGGCCUGUUGUAAGGACUGUGGCAAAGUGUUUAAGUACAAUCACUUUUUGGCAAUCCACCAGAGGAGCCACACGGGGGAGCGGCCUUUCAAAUGUAAUGAGUGUGGAAAAGGCUUUGCCCAGAAGCACUCCCUGCAGGUCCACACCCGGAUGCACACUGGCGAACGACCCUACACCUGCACGGUGUGCAGCAAGGCUCUCACCACCAAGCACUCCCUGCUGGAGCACAUGAGUCUGCAUUCAGGACAGAAGUCUUUCACCUGUGAUCAGUGUGGCAAAUAUUUUAGCCAGAAAAGACAACUAAAGAGCCAUUAUCGAGUUCACACAGGCCACUCAUUACCGGAAUGCAACCACUGCCAUCGCAAAUUCAUGGAUGUGUCUCAGCUAAAGAAACAUCUACGGACACACACAGGUGAGAAGCCAUUUACUUGUGAAAUCUGUGGCAAAUCUUUCACAGCAAAGAGUUCUCUUCAGACCCAUAUCAGAAUCCACAGAGGAGAAAAGCCAUACUCCUGUGGCAUAUGUGGCAAAUCCUUCUCUGACUCCAGUGCCAAGAGGAGACACUGCAUUCUGCACACAGGCAAAAAGCCCUUCUCCUGCCCUGAGUGUAACUUACAGUUUGCUCGCUUAGACAACUUGAAGGCUCACUUGAAAAUCCAUAGCAAAGAGAAACCUGCAUCAGAUGCCAGCAGCGUUUCUGGCAAUAAUAACACUGAAGAGGUCAGGAAUAUUCUUCAGCUGCAGCCCUAUCAACUGUCUGCAUCUGGAGAGCAAGAAAUUCAGCUUCUUGUAACCAAUUCUGUACAUAACAUCAAUUUCAUGCCUGGUCCUAGCCAAGGAAUCAGCAUUGUCACAGCAGAGAGUUCUCAGAACAUGACCGCGGACCAGGCCGCUAAUCUCACCCUGCUCACGCAGCAGCCAGAACAACUGCAGAAUUUAAUUCUUUCAGCCCAACAGGAGCAAACAGAACACAUUCAGAGCCUCAAUAUGAUCGAAAGCCAGAUGGAACCCGCACAGACCGAGCCAGUGCAUGUAAUCACACUCUCCAAGGAAACCCUGGAACAUCUUCACGCCCAUCAAGAGCAAACAGGGGAGCUCCAUUUAGCAAGUGCUUCAGAUCCGGCUCAACACCUGCAGCUGACGGAGCCUGCUCCCCCGACACCCACCCACCAUGUGCCCCCACCCCCACCACUUAGCCAGGAGCAGAGCUGACCUGUAAACGUGUGUGAUCGAUUGGUCUCCUCCCAGUGAGCCAGCUGUAACUGUGCCGGAAGGCAGGCUUUCUGAAGCACUCACAAGUCUUUCCAGAGGUGUGAUGGCUAGCUGCUAGUUCUGAUGCUUUCCAUCCAGGCAACAAGACGUGUGUGUCGUAUCUUGUAUGUAGUCCAGAUUUGGAUUUAGCAUUCAUUAUUGAUGAAUGGUUUUCAUUUUCAUCCAAAUCUCUUAAGGUCUUGGAUGAUUUUUAUUUGGGGGCAUUGAUUUAGACUUCUCUAAGUCUUGAAUGUCCAUGGCCACAGCUUAUGGCCUUGUGACCUUUCCACUUAUAUUUUUUAGAAAAAAGGAAGUCAUAUGUUGGUUGAAUUGGGUAGAGUGGUUUCUUCUUUAUUUCUCUUAGGCAACCUGGUUGCUUCUAUAAGACAAGUCAGGGCUGAAUACAGAUAACAACUUUGGAGAAUCUGUCCUUUUAAUACUCUCUAAUCCCCUAAAACAGAGUAACUCAACAUUUAAUCUCUGUGGUACGGUGGGCUCUUCGUGUCAGGUUUGAGGUAGAUUCAGAGACAUAUAAACUAAAAGUCUAUUUUAAAUCAAAAUGAAUAUAACAAGAAAACCAAAAAGUACAGGAUUAUUUUAAAAAUUCUGAACUCAAUUUUUCUGAGAAACAUGGAUUUACAUAUUUUUGAGGGGAUUUACAUAUUUUUUUAAAAGAAGGUUAUUGAAAAUUUAAUUUAAAAGUCUAAUUAAAGAGUGAAACGGAUCAAGACAUUCAACCCAUAAAUUACAAAUUUUUGUCAGCAGUGAUAAUUGUUCUUUCUGAUGAAGUUAAAGCUUUCUCAGUUAUCCUGGAAUAUAAAAUUGUAUUCAGUGUAUUUUAAGUAUCAAAUAUACUCUCCUGAAUUCUAAUUGAUCCUGAAAAUGAUCUGUGUAUUAUGUCUGAUAACUUUCUGAAGAUGGGACCUUAUAGUCUACUUUUAUUGCAAAGUAGGUUAAAUCUCAUAAAAUGGACGCAUCAUUUUAAAAAGUAAAUAUCUUCUACUUUUAAAAAUAAUUUGAGCCUCCAAACCAUAGUAGCCAAUCUGUAAUUGUUGUACAGUUUUAAAUAAUUGUCAAAAGUUGAAGUUAUGUUUGGGUUAGGUUUUCAAGCCCAGUGUACUUUAUUGGAGACUUUGAUUGCUUUCUCUUAAGUAAACUGAUAGCAGAUUUUGGAGAGAAGAAAAUGGGCACUAAUCUAAGUUAACAUAAUGCUGGUGGAGCGUAGGGGUAAUCUACCCUAAAAUUAACAGGAUCAUUACAUCAGUUACUUAUUUUCUCUCUGUAGACAUCUUUGAUUUCCGCCUGAGUCAAGAACGUUUUUUUGGAGGUUAAAAUAAUGGAAUUCUUCAGGUUUGAGAGAAGAUAAAAGCUUUUUUUUUUUUAAACGUAUUUGCCAAACUAUAUUUUAGUAUAUAUAAUUCACAAAAUUUCUAAAAUGAUAUAUAUCUUAUGUAUAUCAAUCAAGUAAUGUUCAAGUCAGGCCUGACUAGAGCCAAGAUAGUAAUUUUUACAAAUACAGUUAUGACCUAAAUAUUAUUUCAAAUUCUUAGUCAUUUAAACUACUUCAAUCUUACUCUUAAAAUGCAAAGUUUUUGCCAGUUUUUCAAAGCUUACUGGCCCACAGUUUCUUGAGAUACAGAGUAUUAAUAUAAAUGAAUUUUUAGCUACUCACUCUGGAGAGCUAGAGAAUUUAUUCAGGAAAUACAGUCACAUAAGUCAAGUUUAACUAGCUUUACGACAGUCUACCUCUGCACUAGGAGAAAUACAAUGUGGGCUUCAUGUAGUUUAAAAUUUUCUAGUAGCCACAUUAAAAACAAAAAGGUGAAAAUUGAUUUGAGUAAAAUUAUUUAAUACUACAUUUUCCAAAUAUUUCAACCUGUAUUCAGUAUAAAAACGUAUUAAUAUUUUUUUAUUCCUUUUUGCAUACUAAGUCUUCAAAAUCUAGUAUACACUCAAUUUGAAUGCUAAUAUUCUUUGGACAUACUUGACCUGUAUUUAGAAUUCAUGCAAUUUACAGUUGAAAACCUAGAUUGACAUACAAGUAGUUGCACACUGAAUUUUUUUUCAAUAACUGAAAUGAUUAUCAGUUAAAUUUAUAUUAAGAUCUGGGGUGCCUGGCUGGCUCAGUCAGAAGAGCAUACGACUCUUGAUCUCAGGGGUCAUGAGUUCAGGCCCCACACUAGGCAUUAGAGAUUACUAAAAAAACAACAAAAAGCCCACCACCGGUUCCUUAGUCACACUAGCCAUAUUACAAGUUUUUUUUUUUUUUUAAAUCUUUAUUUAUUUUUGAGAGACAGAGACAGAGUGUGAGCGGGUAAGGGGCAGAGAGAGAGAGGGGGACACAGAAUCUGAAGCAGGGUCCGGGCUCCGAGCUGUCAGCACAGAGACCGACGUGGGGCUCAAACUCCCAAACUGUAAGAUCAUGACCUGAACGAAGUCGGACGCUUAACCAACUGAGCCACCCAGGCGCCCCACCAUAAUACAAGUUCUUGACAGCCACGUGUGGCUGGUGGCUCCUGUUCUGCAUGGCACAGGCCUGCCUGCUUCUAACUUGAGAGCCAGUUUCAGCCAUAAAAAUAUCUUCCGGAAGAGUUCUGGUUUAUUUGCCUGUCUGUCAGAGGGAAAGAAGAAAAUGAUAGCUUUAUAAAUCUAGCUUCUCUUUUGUGUCCCAAAAACACCUUCUGCCCUCUGAAAUCCCAAAUUCUAAAGUUCAGUGACUCUGUAUCCAAAGGAAAUGUCAUGCACGUAAAAAUGUCUCUUACGUGUUUGAGAAAUUUUUGGCUGUGUUUCACAACUUAUUUUGUAUUAAACUUGUACAGUUUUUAAAAUUGUUUUAA